AUGAGACGAUAAAAAUAAAGCAAAGACAGCAAAAGCGGCAUAUUGAAAUCUAUUUUGAAGCCUCUGGAUAUUUAUGCAAAGCCUGUUCAGUUGAGCUACAAGGGGAAAUAAUCAUUUUAAACUGUAUUUGGGGGAGUUGUUUCAAUGUGCUUGAUAUCUGUGAUCUUUGGAUUAGGCAUAUAUAAAUUUAACGAUAUGGUGGAAUUGAAUCAUACAACUGUGUAGAAGAAUACUAUCAUUAGUGUUUCUAAUUCUAUCUAGCCUCCUGAAGACUUAUCUGCCAAAAACAUCACACUUGCGUUUAUGCUUUCUGAUUUGUAUGCUGAGAGAGUAUUUACAAACAAAUCCUAUGGUGAAUUUUAACUUCUUUAGAGUGAAAUCAAUAUUAAGAAGAAUGAGACAGAUGGCACAACAUACAGGGAAUUCAUUGAUCAUAUCAUUCCUUACUCUAAAUGCUAAUUAAACAAAAACUUCAAUUAUUCAAAUGAAGAAGAAGCAAGUCAAUACAACCUUCAUAAUUACUAUUGUCCAGACUGGAAAAACUUAACUCUUCAAGGGAAUUGGUAUUCCCCUCUAUAUAAAUGCUUGACAUUAACCUACAAAAGAUGCUAGGGUAAAAAUUGCGUAAGCGAGAAAGAAUUCGAGAGGUGGAUUGAUGGCAAAUGGAUCCAGUAAAUCAUCAUAAGUUCUUACUUUGCUAUCGAUAACUAUGAUUAGCCGAUUCAAUACUUUUUAGAUGAUAGUUACAUGGCCAUUGAGUAUAAUAGGACAUCAUUUAAUACGAUAUACUAUCAAAAGGAUUAUAUAUAGUUGAGUGAUAGCAUAGUGGGGCUUGACACCUCAUAUAAUACAGAUUUUUUCUAUAUGAUGUCUCAUUAAAGAGCAUUCACCUCAUCAGAUACAGGUGGGGCUGGUAGAGGAAUCUAUUUCUAUCAAGACGUCAAACUUUAUAAAGAAAUUGAUAUCUAUACAAGACAUGUUUAUUCCUUGAGUAAUCUACUUCGAGAUAUUGGGGGCAUGUAUAACUGCUUGUUCUUUAUUGGUUUGUUUGUUUAUCAGAGACUGUAAGAUACAAUCUUAUUUUCUUCACUCAUUAGAAAACUCUACUAAAUUCAGCAAGUAUAUUAAGAUGCAUUCGGACAUGGUACUGAAACUAGGAAAAGUCUAGCAGGCUUUGAAAGUGUUUAAUCAACAACUAGGAAAUCUGAGAAUAAUUUGAGACUUAGACGUCUGAGCACUUCAAAGAGCAAAGAAUUUUCAGAAACCUGCUUAACUGAUUUAAUUGCUAAUAAGUGGUAGGUUACUAAGAAGCACAUUGAUAAUCUAGUCAAGUAUUUAAAUAUUCUUAAGAAAAUGGCGUUGUAUAACAAGGGUUAUCAAAAAGUUUAAAGUGAACUAGAUGCAGUUAAUCUCCUGAAUAAGCUUAGAUAGCUAGAUCUGGUACUUUCACUACUGCUGAAUAAAGAUUAAAGAUACUUACUAAAUUUCCAAAAGAAGCAUUUGCUGAACGAGAACGAUUCGAGUUCUGAUGAAGAAAAUGAAUUUUAGUCCAUCAUUAAAAAAAGCUUUACUAGAAAGAAAAGCGAUACUGUAUUGGAGGGUGACGAGAUAAUGGCAAGCAGCUAGCAUUUGAUUCAGGCUUUAAGUAACUAUUAAUCGAUGAAGGAAAUACCAGUGAUUGAUUAGAAGAUUUUGCAUGGUUUAUUAUCAAAGAAAGAGCUUGUCAUUUAGUAACUUAAUACAAAUAAUCAGGAAAAUCAGAUAUCCACUUUGAAUGAUUAAGAUAAUAGUAUAAAAUUUUCACUCGAGAUUAUUGAAGAAGAUGAUGAUGAGAUUAUUAAUCAUGAUGGAAGGCCAGUUGAAAGUAGUUAUAUUGAUUAAAAGGUUGAGAUAGAUGACAGCGAGGAUAUGAACAAGUUGUAAAUUUAUGAUGAAUUAUAAUCAGUCAAGCCUAAAUUCAAGAGAAAUACUAAGAGAGUUUGGAGUUAAUACUGA